UUUACAGGAGCGGAUUUUGAAGGUGGUCUUAUUUCUAUUAUCCUUGCCGAAGGAUAUUGGUUUGCCGUUUCUCAUAAUCACAACUUCUGCUGAACUUCCUCUUUGGGAAGCUGAGUUCUUACAUUGGGCUUGCUAACAUUGUUGUGUACAAAGGUAAUAAAGAUAUACGAGCCAUUAUAAGAACACUCGAGUUUCACAACAAACAAGGUGCCAUUAUGUUUCAGGUUCUUCUGUCACCUUAUGAUGCUAUUGUUCAGGAUCUUGAAAUGCUUCAGCCAAUAAGCUGGGGAGCAGUAAUUAUAGAUCAGUGCCAGGGUUAUGCCAUGUCAAUGCUUCUCUCACAAAUUAAAGUGCUUGUUUCUGAUAUGAGAUUGCUUAUUUUCCGGCAACUAGAGGGUAGAUGUGAUAGAGGGUUCAAUCACAGUAAUGUUCUCUCUUUACUUGAUCCUGAGUAUGACAAGGCCAACAAUGAUCUGUCGGACACUGAUCCCAACAUAGACCUAACUGAAUUCAAGGAAAGAUUAAAGCGCUUUGUUGCAUAUGAGUGCAACUCCUCCACAUCCAAGUUCAUUGAGUACUGGGUUCCAGUCAAACUCUCCAAUGAACAAAUUGAGCAAUAUUGCGAUUGCCUCUCUUCGAAUUCAGCUUUGCUUUGCUCACGUUGGAAGAAUGACUCACCAAAUUCCCUCCAUAACAUACUUGUAUCUACCAGGAAGUGUUGUGAUCACCCUUACCUCGAAGACCAGUCUCUGCGAGACAUAGUUCUAGAAGGCAUUCCUGUAGAUCAGCACUUUGAUGCUGAAAUUAAACUAAGUGGAAAAUUGGAAUUCCUCUAUUCAUGAGAUCAAACAGCAAGGACAAAGAGUACUCAUUCUUUUUCGGUCUCUUGGUGGCUCGGGGGUUAUUUCCAUCGGGGACAUCUUGGAUGAUUUUAUUCAUCGAAAAUUGGUGAGGAUUCUUAUACACGCAUUAGUGGGGAAUUCAGUCGUAAAUUGAAGCAAGCUACCUUGAACAAUUUCAACAACGAGGGAAGUGGGAAAUUUGCUUGUUUGAUGGAGACUCGUGUUUGUGCUCCCAGCGUCAAGCUUUCGAGAAUAGAUACAAUUAUUUUGUUUAACAGUGACUGGGACCCAACUAAUGAUUUAAGAUCCAUGCAGAAGAUUGCAAUUUAUUCAAAAUUGGAGCAUAUAAAGGUACUCCGUCUAUAUUCAUGUUUUACUGUUGAAGAGAAAGCGCUCAUUCUUGCAAAGCAAGGUAUGACAAUUGACAGCAACAUAGAGAAUAUAAAACAAUUCCAUGAGCUGCUAACUUGGGGUGCCUCUUAUCUUUUCAAUAUGCUUGAUUGUUUCCAUGUACAAUCUUCACAAUCAAAAAGAUCGUCUGACAUUGCUGCUUUAGAUGAUGUCUGUGCUGAAUUGUUAGGCCUGAUGUCUAGUAACAGUGAGAACAGUGACAGCUGUUCAAAGAUAUUGAAAGUGCAGCAGAAUGGGGGGACUUAUCCAAGAAAUAUAUCUCUACUUGGUGAAGUGGAAAUGCAACUGAUGGAUGAUUCUUCUUUUGUGAGAGGAAUGACAAAUGAACUUCCCAACGUUUUCUGGACAAGUCUGUUACAUGGAACGGUUCGUAGGUGGAAACACUUGCCUAUACUAUCACAAGGGAUUAGAAGGAAAGUUAGACCCCGGGUUGAUUUGUGUCAGCCAUCCGAAAGGGAACAAGUUUCUGAAAAGAAAGGCAGGAAAGAGGGCAAUAAAGUUCAUCUUACUCCAGAACCCAAGUUAAGGACGAAAAGGAAAUUGCAUGUCCAGGGAAAGAGACACAAACUUGGGAUGUCUCAUCUUUCUGCUGGUAAUAAGUAUAAAUCCAGGCGUCUUGUGACUAAUCCCAGUCCGCAGUGCGAUAUUGACCGGCAAGGUAGAGCAGCUAUUGACAAGGUUCAGUCCGGAGUUGGCUUAACCAUGACUGAUCAGCAUCGAAAAGAAAGUAUUUCCAUGAAAUCAAAUCAGGUGCGGGGAUAUCUUCCUGAAUUCUUUUUCACUUCCUGAAAUAUUCUCCAAAAUGCAUCUGGAAAUUGUUUUAAGUUCUAACAAGUAACAUGAGAAAUCAGUUUUUGAAUGAAUGAAGCAGUGGCCUCUAGCUUGUGAUCUGGCAUUAAAUGAAAUUCUCCUCUUGCUUGUUCAUCAAGGGCUAAGUUACUGGAUGACUCUGCAAAACUUACACCAGGGAAGCCGCCAGAUUCCAAUUUGCCCACCUCUACUGGCCGUGAUCAAGCUCAUGCAUUUGUGCUCACUGACAAUC